GUGGAGCUGAUGUGACGGUGAACUUUCUCUGAGUGAAUAUUAACAAAGCCAACGGGCUCCAUGGGUAACAGCUGCUUGGCUGCUGCGCUUCAGCGAACAGCUCAGAAUGUUUUACUAAAGGGCAGGAGAGUCCAUCACAAGGCGAUUGGGACAUGUCAGAAAGUUCUUCUGGUGUAAACACUCUCAGCGGAAGCUUUCCUAAAUCCCACUCAUCCCAGUAUUCAGAGCUCGUUGUUAGACCUACACCUCUGUCAGUGGACCACAGUCCUGAUUCUGGACUGGUUUCUACACCUCUUCCUUCAAGUCGCUUCCAGUUUGUACCAUGGCACCGCCUGGAGCAGUGCGAUGUCACCGGCGACCAGCUGACCUGCCCCAGGGUUAGAGAAGGACCAUCAGAGGAAGACCUUCAUUUUAGAGAGGGAAGAGAUUUCUGUUUAAACAGAGGAAGGAGAAAGAGGAGAGAGGAGGAAGGACAAAGCUGGGAGGAGAGAUUGAAGGAAAAUUGGGAAAACUGUCUGGAGCUAAAUCUGUCCUACCAAGACCUGGGAGAUCCCUACCAGAGGGAAAACUUUUUUCGAAUCCUUCGACGCUUGAUCCGUGUAGAGAAACUACAGCUGAUCGACAAUUCACUCACUGACCUGAGUUCAGUACGUCUGCCAAGGUGCAAAAUGCUAAACCUGCAUCGUAACCACCUGGUGUGUCUGCGUCAGCUGCCAAAGCUCCCAGCGGUGGAGCAUCUCACUUUAUCGGAGAACGCCAUCAGCUCCCUGCGGGGACUGGGGGCUCUGGGGAGCAGCCAGCUGCGCUCCCUCAACCUGACCCGCAACCCGGUGACCUUCAGCCUGGACUACCGUGCACAUGUUUUCUCCUGUUUGCCAAAUCUUGAGGUUUUGGACGGCAUUCCAAAGUUGCCAGGUGACUUGUUGCCCCUCCGAGUAAAGGGCCCGGAAACCAGCAGGAUGUGCAAUAUUUUAUGACUCUUUUUCAGACUUAAUUCUGAUAUUCAAUUCAGCUACAUUUAUAACGUGUGAAACAACACAGAAAACUUCUGUCAUUUUCCUUAAACAACAGUCAGUGGAGAAACGAUUUCAUGAUUCAUUUAAAUGAUCAAAAACUGCUUGUGAGA